UUCAGAGUAGUCCAUCUGGUCCUAUUGGGCUUGCCUCUUGUUAACUGUUUUCAUUACUUCACCCACUAAACCCUAAAAUCUACUAUUCACAAAUUCUGCUUUGCACCCAACUUCCUACUGAGAAUUCCAAGAAUCAUUUCAAUGUUUUAGUCUGAUCAAUUGCUUUGGGGUUUCCUUUCUCCCUCGAUGAUUAUUCCAGGUAUUCUCUUCAAAUCCCAAACCAGUUUUCCUUCCAUUUUCAACCUAAAGCAUAACUUCAAAUCUUUCUUAAACCCUAAGUUCACCCUCCAAUUUAACCCCAUUUCAAGCCUCAAAGUUGUUUGGAGAAAAGAUUGGACAUUAGAUAAAGCAAUUGAAAACGAUAAACGAUACAAGCUCUGUGCCCGGGUCGUCAAGGAAGUCCUAAACGAACCGGGUCAAGCCAUCCCACUCCGCUACUUAGACAAAAGCCGGGAGAGGUUACGCCUUAAUGUCAGAGUUAAAACCUUCAUUAACAAUAACCCGGGUCUUUUCGAUACAUACUAUGAUCGGAUUAGACCAAAAUCCGAUCUUGUCCCGUUUUUGCGGCCUAGUAAUAGGCUGAGGAAUUUCCUAGAAGAAGAAAAACGGAUUUAUGAUGAAAAUGAGGACUUGGUUGUUUCUAAGCUUUGUAAGUUGUUGAUGAUGUCUAGAUAUAAGGUGAUUAGUAUGGAUAAAUUGGUUCAUGCGAAGAGGGAAUUUGGUUUGCCAAAUGAUUUUUUGGUUAACUUAGUGCCCAAGUAUUCGAAUUACUUUAGGUUAACAGGGUCCCCUGGAGAGGGGCAAUCGUUUCUGGAAUUGGUUGAGUGGAAUCCUGAGUUCGCUAAAUCUGUUAUCGAGCAAAGAGCAGAAGAGGAAUCCCACUUAACAGGGAUUCGAGUUAGGCCGAAUUUUAACUAUAAGUUACCACCGGGGUUUUCUCUUAGGAAAGAAAUGAGAGAAUGGGUUAGGGAUUGGUUGGAGUUAGAUUAUAUUUCUCCAUAUGAGGAUGUGUCACAUUUGGACCAAGCCUCACGAGAAAUGGAGAAGAGGAUGGUGGCAGUUUUGCAUGAGCUGCUUUCCCUGUCAUUGUUGAAGCGGGUUCCGGUGCCGAUAUUGGGGAAGUUUACCAAUGACUACAGGUUUUCGAAUGCUUUUUCUAGUGCAUUCACGAGGCAUUCAGGGAUAUUCUAUAUGUCACUAAAAGGUGGGAUCAAGACUGCAGUGCUGAGAGAGGCAUAUAAGGGUGAUGAGUUGAUUGAUAAAGAUCCGUUACUUGGUAUAAAGGAUAAGUUUGUUGAGUUGCUGGAGGAAGGAUGGAGGGAGAGAGCCGAGAUGUUGAGGGUGCGAAGAGAACAAGUUAAGAAGGAUAUGGAAAUGAUGGCAGCAAAGAAUGGGGAAUUGAGUGAACAAAGUUGUGAAGAGGCAGAGCUCUGAGUUUGAACAGAUAAAAAGUUUGACUUGGAGUUUUGAGUUAUUGAUGAUGCUGAGCUCUAUAUUUGGUUUUGAGAGGAUUUCACUUAUCUAAUAUAACACAGUGGUUUAGAGAGGAACUACAAUGCAGGCACCUUACACUUUUGUCCGGGAUAUCUUCAGAUUGUUGCUUGACUUUUUCGAGAACAAGGAGCAUGAAUUGGUUUUCUUAUCCAAAGUAUUGGGUAUUUGGUACUCUUCAUGUCUGUUUGGUAAAGCUGUUUCACUAGUUAGAAUCCAUGCUUUGUAGCUUUUCUUUGAGAAGUUAGUCCCCAUUCUAGCUUUCAACGUUUUUUUAUGGAUUAGCACUUUUACUGUACUUGUUGCAACUUCCUUCUUCUUUGUGCGGCCAUGAAAAGAUCUUGGAAAGGGUCCUUUGAAAGGGAAAACCGAAUUCUUGUAUAAUGAAUUUCUUAGAAACCGAGCAUCAAACUUUUUCUGGUUGAA